AUGCCGAUUGAUAAAUCUUGGAUUAGUAAACCACAAAACACACCUGAAUAUGAAAAUGGGCUAAGAAUUUUUUUGGAUUUUGCUUUCAAGCAUGGGUCUGUUGAUGGGCGUGUAAUUAAGUGCCCGUGUCCGAUAUGUGGCUUUAAGAGGUGGAAAGAAAGAGGUGUAGUUGAAGAGCACUUGACUUGUAAGCCUUUUCCAAAAAAUUACAAAUUUUGGUAUAUGCAUGGUGAAGAAUCAACUGCAACUGUGCCACAGUGUUUUCAGAACACAAAUUUUACAGAAGAUACUUUGCUGCCCCAAAAUCUAAUGACAACCAUGAUUAAUGAUGCAUUUGGGUUCACCAGGAACGAUGUCAAUGAACCUGAUGUGUCUUGUGAGCCUAUAAAUAGCGAAGAAACAUUUAAUGAAGGACACAUUGAGGGCAAUAAUGAAGAUUAUGCAAAGUUCUUUGAAUUGAUCGAAGAUGGCAAGCAACCGUUAUAUGAAGGGUGUGAGAAGUAUUCCAAAUUGUCCUUCCUAAUUAAAUUGUAUCAUAUAAAAUGUUUGUGUCGAAUGACUGAUAAAGCGAUGAGUAUGAUAUUAGAAUUGUUAAAAGACGCCUUUCAAGAUGCCAAGAUUCCUGUUUCCUUUUAUGAGGCCAAGAAAACCAUAAACAAACUUGGUCUUAAUUAUACCAAGAUACAUGCUUGCCCAAAUGAUUGUAUGUUGUAUUUUGGGGAAGACGAGGGCUUGCAAGAAUGCAAAAGAUGCAAGACAUCUAGGUGGAAGAAUAAUAAAAAGAAACAACCUGCCAAGAUUUUGCGUUACUUUCCACUAAAGCCAAGGUUGCAAAGAUUGUUCAUGUGUUCUAAAACUGCUGAGUCUAUGAGAUGGCAUUCUGUAGGGGGUAACCAAGAUGGAGUGAUGAGGCAUCCUAGGGAUUCUCAGGCAUGGAAAACAUUUGACUUACUUCACCCUGAAUUUGCUGCCGAUCCUCGAAAUGUACGAUUAGCCCUAUCUAGUGACGGUUUCAAUCCUUUUGGAGCAAUGGCAACAAAUUAUAGUAUCUGGCCAGUGGUUCUUAUCCCGUACAACCGUCCUCCUUGGGAGUGCAUGAAACAAACUUCAUUUAUUCUCUCAAUGAUCAUUCCAGGAAAGCAAAUGCCAGGCAAUAUACAAAUGGAUUCUUGA